CCGGGCCUUCAGAGCCUGCCAUGCGUGUCAAUGCCAACUCUGCAGCCUCACUCGCCAUUCCCCUUCUCAAGUCCAGUGAUUCAAGGCUUCCACAGCUUGCCCAUCAUUUCUUGUCCAUGGCACAGCUGUCUCUUGCCCCUGCAGUAGUGCCAAGUCGCCAGUGAAAUACCCAGACAACGGCCAUCAUGAAGGGUUUCCGCCGCAAGAAGUCCAACGCCGACUUGAUCAAGCCUGCUCCUUGUGACCCUAUGGCCAGCCCUGUCCAGAAGCAAGCACCCGGCGAUGUCGAAGAAGAAGCCGACGCGGAGGCAUCGGUACCACCAAUAUGUCGUCCUGGCUACAGCGAGAACAAAUGCCGCAACGUUCUUGUCAGAUACUGUGCUCAUAUCCCACGAAACUACCAGUACAAAGAUGGCAUCCAGCGAGUAUUCCUUGUCCUGCGAGAGCAUUUGGGAGAUGAGAAUCUGGAUCUUGCGGGCGGCGUGCUCUAUGAGCUGAUCGAGAUCGACUGCGAACACACGGACGACGCUGGUGCUGCAUACCAGCGAUGGCGGUACGACCACAUGUGGCGACAUUCUGACUUCGAGCUUCCGCAUGUCCCGCACAUGACAACAAUCACACCGUCGAUAGUACCUACACCACGACUCGCCAAAUGGAGAGCCACACACCCAGAGAGAUACCCCUUUGUACUGUCCGACUCGGCACCAGUCACAGCCAGACCAUCCUCAGAACCCAGCUGCAUUCGGUCACAAAAAGCUUGGCUCAUCGACAACACUUUCUACAUCUCUUCUCGACAGCUUGGCACUCGACCUGUAGAGCUAUGUUCGGACCCCAAAGAGUUCCACAAGAUGCAGUGGGCCACGGUUGGCCAGAGCGGCCGUCUGGUACAGGAAAGAGAAGUGACCAUUGCCCCAUCGAUCUGCUGCGCGGACCUCCCGUCGCCAACAACGAUAGAUGCGCCGUCUCUCCAGUCGCGCUCAAGCAGAAGACGUUCGACAUUUAGAUCGUCCCGAUUGUACAAACUGCUGAAUAAGACGGACCAAAACACAAUUGUGUCACAGGCGAGCCAGAGACGGCAUAGUUGGAUCCCUUCGGCUCUGGGCUUCGAGUCAGACCAGCUUUUCAGUCGCAGGCGAUCUCGAGUAGAUCUUGCUGUGAUUUUGGUGCCUUUGCCUGACGCAAACAAAUACCAAAAUGGCAUAUUCGCAAGGAAGAACAUGCUGGUGGAAAAGGGUAAUGCUCUGCCGCCAUAUCUGCCUCUUGGGCAUAUGCCGACAGCAGAGACCAAGGCUACAGAGUCCAUGAUGGAGGCAGCUCAGAGUAGCCAGUUUGGUGCGACAUCUGAAAGGCCCUUCCGUGGCCCCUUUACACCCCAGCUCGGAUUCGACGGUGGGCUCGACUUCCAAUGGUCGAAGUCUGCAUCAGCUAUCAAGAUUCGCCGCUUCGACGUGUCACCAGACAAGGACGAGUCGACGGACUUGAUCUGCGAGAGUGACAUUAGUCCAUGUGCUCAGGUGCGCCGAAAUAUCUGCGCACUUCGCAGGCGUCGUCGUCGGGGGGUCAUCUUCGAUCUACCUGGCGCCCCUCCUUGGGGGACUCAAUCACCAAACCAGAGAGUGGCUACCAGGCAGGGCAAUUUCUUCUGAGUUCAUUGUGGUAGGGCAUAAUGAAUGGUGAGCAUUUGAGUCUUGGCACAUUUCGUGCCCUCACCAGCCUCGAUAAUCAAUACUGUUGUCGGGUCUCACGGUGUAUUGAGUUGCUUGCUGGAUCCGACUGCAUCGGAACACGCUUGGAAGUAGAAGUAUUCAUAAUUGCAUCACGUGCGCUUAAUUCAGAUCCAUAAAAUCAGACUCAGCCGCGUGCUUCCAGACUACGAGCGAAAUGCC